GCGAGCGCAGCGGCGCCGGGCCGCUCUCCGGGAGCUCAGGAGGGGGCUAGACCGGGCGGCGGGCGCGCAGGCGACGAGGCCGAAGCUGGGGCCGGGGCGGGGACGGCGGCGGCGGCGGCGGCGACGCCGGCUGGGGAUGGGGUCGCAGACGCUGCAGAUCCUCCGGCAGGGGGUGUGGGCCGCGCUCAGCGGCGGCUGGUACUACGACCCGCACCAGGCCACCUUCGUGAACGCGCUCCACCUCUACCUGUGGCUCUUUCUGCUCGGCCUGCCCUUCACGCUUUACAUGGCCCUUCCUUCUUCCAUGAUUAUAGUAGCAGUUUAUUGUCCUGUGGUAGCUGCUGUUUUCAUUGUUCUGAAGAUGGUCAACUAUCGACUACACAGAGCACUCGAUGCUGGAGAAGUUGUAGAUAGACGCACAAGUGAGUUCCCAGAUCAACGAGCCAAAGCCGAACAAGGCAACUGUUCAGCAAGGAGGAAAGACAGCAAUGGUCCAAGUGAUCCUGGUGGAGGGAUUGAGAUGUCAGAAUUCAUUCGAGAGGCCACACCUCCAGUUGGUUGCAGUUCAAGAAAUUCUUAUGCUGGUCUAGACGCAAGCAACCAGAUUGGAUCUGGGUCCUCUCGACUUGGAACAGCAGCAACUAUUAAAGGAGACACAGACACUGCUAAGACUUCUGACGACAUAAGUUUAAGUCUGGGCCAGAGCUCUAGUCUUUGCAAAGAAGGAAGUGAGGAACAAGAUUUGGCGACUGAUCGCAAGCUCUUCCGCCUGGUCUCCAAUGACUCCUUCAUCUCUAUUCAGCCUUCCUUGUCCUCUUGUGGACAGGACUUACCGAGGGACUUCAGUGACAAAGUGAGCCUGCCAAGUCAUAGCCAGCACCACCACGUUGAUCAGUCACUGUCCAGUGCCUGUGACACAGAAGUAGCUUCUCUUGUACCUUUACAUUCACACUCUUACAGGAAAGAACACCGGCCACGAGGAGUGCCUCGGACUUCCAGCUCUGCCGUGGCUUUUCCUGAUGCCUCGCUGAAUGACUUUCCUCUUUACCAGCAGAGACGGGGGUUAGAUCCAGUCAGGGAGCUAGACUCUUCUAAGCCUCACUCAGGGUCCAGAGAGUCCUUAGUGGAAAAGUCAUGUCCACCUGCAGAAUUUCAGCCCGCUGGUGACCUGAGAAAAAGUAAUUCUCAGCCACCCACCAAGUGUGGGAAGAGCAGAGCACUGAAUGCCGACAAAAGUGUGGACAGCCUGAGGAGCCUGAGCACACGGAGCAGCGGGUCCACAGAGAGCUACUGCAGUGGGACUGACAGGGACACCAACAGCACCCUGAGCAGCUAUAAAAGCGAGCAGACCAGCUCCACUCACAUUGAGAGCAUCUUGUCUGAGCAUGAGGGGUCACCUAAAGUGGGCAAGAGGGGUGCCAGGAAGAAGUGCUGUGCUGACUCAGCAGAAGAGAGGAGCCACGGCGCUGGUGACCAUAGGACUAGCAGUGACAAGACUGUCCCAGAGGGGAGUACGCCUGGCGGACCUCCUGAGGACCCCGAUGCUCAAGCAUCUGGGGAGGGACCUGACCCGGUUGCUCCUAGCAGCUCUGCAUCAGAAGAUGCCAAUAAAAACCCCCAUGCAAAUGAGUUUACCCUCCCAGAGGACAGGCCAUCUGAGCAAAGUGCAGAGAGCAGAGCGGAGCAGAGUGAGGUGCCCAGCGUUUCCACAGACUCCAGAGUUUGUAAAGACAGUGGUGGGAAGCAGAAGGAAGGCGAUGUCCGACCCAAGUCCUCCAACGUAAUCCACCGGACAAGCUCUGCCCACAAGCCAGGCAGAAGGCGUGCAGGAAAGAAACGGGCCAGUAGCUUUGACUCCAGUCGCCACAGGGACUAUGUUUCCUUUCGAGGAGUCUCUGGAAGCAAGCCUCACAGUGCUGUGUUUUGUCAUGACGAGGACUCUAGUGAUCAAAGUGACUUGAGCAGAGCACCAAGUGUUCACUCUGCUCAUCAGUUCAGCAGUGACAGCUCCUCCAGCGCCACGUCUCAUUCGUGCCAGUCCCCUGAGGGCAAAUACAGUGCCCUCAGGCCCAAACAUGGCCAUAAGGACCGGGCCACAGACUCAGACCACACACACAGAGCGCAUCCAGGCCCUGAGGGAACUGCCAAAAAGAGGGCCACUCGUAGGACUUCCAGCACAAAUAGUGCCAAGACGAGGGCUCGGGUGCUGAGCUUGGAUAGUGGCACUGUGGCCUGUUUGAAUGAUGCAAACCGGCUGCUGGCACCUGAGACCAUAAAGCCCCUAACCACUUCAAAGUCAGAUCUCGAGGCCAAAGAGGGAGAGGUGCUAGACGAGCUGUCCUUACUGGGCCGCGCUUCCCAGUUAGAGACGGUCACUCGGUCCAGGAAUAGUCUGCCAAGCCAGGUUGCAUUUCCUGAAGGGGAAGAGCAGGAUGCAGCCCCUGGAGCAGCACAGGCCAGCGAGGAGGCAGUGGCAUUUCGCCGUGAACGCAGCACAUUUAGGCGCCAGGCAGUACGGCGCCGACACAAUGCAGGGAGUAACCCUACCCCUCCUACCUUGCUCAUCGGAUCGCCCCUAAGCCUUCAAGAUGGUCAGCAAGGCCAGCAGUCCACAGCCCAGGUCAAAGUCCAGUCCCGCCCCCCAUCCCAGGCUGCAGUGCUCAGUGCUAGUGCCUCCUUGCUGGUGAGAAAAGGGAGUGUCCACUUAGAAGCCUCACAUGACCAUGCAUCUGCUGUAGGCGGCAGCAGUUUGCACGAUGAACUUGGUAAGUUCUCAUCUACGCUGUAUGAGACUGGUGGCUGUGACAUGUCACUUGUGAAUUUCGAACCAGCAGCAAGAAGAGCAUCCAAUAUCUGUGACACGGAUUCUCAUGUAUCAAGUUCUACCUCAGUUCGAUUUUAUCCACAUGAUGUGCUUUCUCGCCCACAGAUUCGCUUGAACAGACUAUUGACCAUUGACACAGAUCUGUUGGAGCAACAGGACAUUGAUCUAAGCCCUGACUUGGCAGCCACUUAUGGUCCCACAGAAGAAGCUGCCCAAAAAGUUAAACACUAUUACCGCUUUUGGAUCCUACCCCAGCUGUGGAUUGGCAUUAACUUUGACAGACUCACACUCUUGGCGCUGUUUGAUAGAAACCGUGAGAUCCUGGAGAAUAUAUUAGCUGUCGUCCUGGCUAUUCUUGUGGCUUUUUUGGGAUCCAUUCUUCUCAUCCAAGGCUUCUUCAGAGACAUCUGGGUGUUCCAGUUCUGCCUGGUGAUAGCUAGCUGCCAGUACUCACUGCUCAAGAGUGUCCAACCAGAUUCUUCUUCUCCCAGACAUGGUCAUAAUCGUAUCAUUGCCUACAGUAGGCCAGUUUACUUCUGUUUAUGUUGUGGUCUUAUUUGGCUCUUGGAUUAUGGCAGUAGAAAUCUAACUACAAGCAAGUUCAAAUUAUAUGGAAUAACUUUCACCAACCCACUGGUGCUUCUAUCGGCCAGGGAUUUGGUUAUAGUGUUUACACUCUGUUUCCCAAUAGUAUUUUUCAUUGGUCUCCUGCCUCAGGUGAACACGUUUGUAAUGUACCUUUGUGAACAAUUGGACAUCCACAUCUUUGGUGGGAAUGCCACCACCAGCCUGCUCGCAGCGCUGUACAGUUUCCUCUGCAGCAUCGUGGCGGUCGCCUUGCUGUACGGGCUGUGCUAUGGAGCUUUAAAGGAUUCAUGGGAUGGCCAGCACAUUCCAGUGCUUUUCUCCAUAUUUUGUGGUUUGUUAGUGGCUGUGUCAUAUCAUCUCAGCCGACAAAGCAGUGAUCCAUCUGUACUCUUCUCUUUGAUGCAAUCCAAGAUUUUUCCAAAAACUGAAGAGAAAAACCCAGAGGACCCUCUGUCUGAAGUGAAAGACCCACUGCCGGAAAAGCUUAGCAAUUCCGUUAGUGAGCGUUUACAGUCCGACCUGGUGGUGUGUGUCGUUAUUGGUGUGCUGUAUUUUGCCAUCCAUGUCAGCACAGUGUUCACAGCAUUGCAGCCUGCUCUCAAGUACGUGCUGUAUGCCCUGGUUGGCUGUGUGGGGUUUGUAACCCAUUACGUGCUGCCUCAAGUAAGGAAGCAGCUGCCGUGGCACUGCUUCUCCCGACCUCUGCUCAGGACAGCCGAGCACAAUCAGUACGAAGUUCGAAAUGCAGCCACUAUGAUGUGGUUUGAAAAACUUCACGUGUGGCUUCUUGUUGUGGAGAAGAAUGUCAUCUAUCCACUGAUUGUCCUUAAUGAACUUAGCAGCAGUGCAGAGACAAUUGCCAACCCAAAGAAACUGGAUGCAGAGUUGGGAGCUUUGAUGAUCACCAUCGCUGGCCUAAAGCUGCUGAGGUCCUCCUUUAGCAGCCCCACGUACCAGUACAUCACUGUCGUCUUUACUGUGCUCUUUUUCAAGUUUGACUAUGAAGCCUUCUCAGAGACAAUGCUGCUGGACCUAUUCUUUAUGUCCAUCCUGUUCAGCAAGCUUUGGGAACUCCUCUAUAAACUUCAGUUCGUGUAUACCUAUGUCGCGCCCUGGCAGAUCACUUGGGGCUCUGCAUUCCAUGCUUUUGCUCAGCCCUUUGCGGUGCCCCAUUCAGCUAUGCUGUUCGUUCAGGCAGCCGUGUCCGCCUUCUUCUCCACGCCGUUAAAUCCAUUCCUAGGCAGUGCCAUAUUCAUCACCUCGUACGUUAGACCCGUGAAGUUCUGGGAAAGAGACUACAACACAAAACGUGUGGACCAUUCAAAUACCAGAUUGGCUUCUCAGCUUGAUAGAAAUCCAGGGUCAGAUGACAACAAUCUGAAUUCCAUCUUCUAUGAACAUUUAACCCGAUCCCUGCAGCACAGUCUCUGUGGUGAUUUGCUGUUGGGAAGGUGGGGAAACUACAGUACUGGGGACUGUUUCAUCCUUGCCUCUGACUAUCUCAACGCCUUAGUGCACCUCAUAGAGAUAGGCAAUGGCCUGGUCACUUUCCAGCUGCGGGGACUUGAGUUCAGAGGCACCUAUUGUCAGCAGCGAGAAGUUGAAGCCAUCACAGAAGGUGUAGAAGAAGAUGAAGGAUUUUGCUGUUGUGAGCCUGGCCAUGUUCCUCAUGUGCUUUCCUUUAACGCUGCAUUUGGCCAGCGCUGGCUGGCUUGGGAAGUGGUCGUCACUAAGUAUAUUCUGGAGGGCUACAGCAUCACUGACAAUAGUGCUGCUUCCAUGCUUCAAGUCUUUGAUCUUCGCAGGGUACUUACCACUUACUAUGUCAAGGGGAUCAUUUAUUAUGUCACAACCUCCUCCAAGUUAGAGGAGUGGCUAGCGAAUGAGACAAUGCAGGAAGGAUUACGUCUGUGUGCAGACCGAAAUUAUGUUGAUGUGGACCCGACUUUUAACCCAAACAUUGAUGAAGACUAUGACCAUCGUCUGGCAGGCAUAUCUCGGGAGAGUUUCUGUGUGAUUUACCUCAACUGGAUAGAGUACUGCUCCUCCCGGAGAGCAAAGCCACUAGAUGUAGACAAAGAUUCGUCCCUGGUGACUCUUUGUUAUGGACUCUGUGUUCUGGGGCGGAGAGCUUUGGGAACAGCCUCCCACCAUAUGUCCAGUAACCUGGAGUCGUUCCUCUAUGGAUUGCAUGCCCUGUUUAAAGGGGACUUCAGGAUUUCUUCAGUCCGAGAUGAGUGGAUAUUUGCUGACAUGGAGCUGUUGAGAAAAGUUGUUGUGCCUGGAAUCCGUAUGUCCAUUAAACUCCAUCAGGAUCAUUUCACUUCUCCAGAUGAGUAUGACGACCCCACUGUGCUCUAUGAAGCCAUCGUGUCUCAUGAAAAGAACCUUGUAAUAGCCCACGAAGGGGACCCUGCGUGGCGGAGUGCAGUCCUUGCCAACUCUCCCUCCUUGCUGGCUCUGCGGCAUGUCAUGGACGACGGCACCAAUGAGUACAAGAUCAUUAUGCUCAACCGACGCCACCUGAGCUUCAGGGUCAUUAAGGUGAAUAAGGAAUGUGUCCGAGGUCUCUGGGCAGGGCAGCAGCAGGAGCUUGUUUUUCUUCGGAAUCGGAACCCCGAGAGAGGCAGCAUCCAGAACGCAAAGCAGGCGCUGAGAAACAUGAUAAACUCAUCUUGUGACCAGCCUAUUGGCUACCCGAUCUUUGUGUCACCCCUGACAACAUCUUACUCUGACAGCCAUGACCAGCUCAAAGAAAUUCUUGGGGGACCAAUUAGCUUGGGAAAUAUCCGGAACUUCAUAGUGUCCACCUGGCACAGGUUAAGGAAAGGUUGUGGAGCUGGCUGUAACAGUGGCGGCAAUAUUGAAGAUUCGGACACUGGAGGUGGGACUUCCUGUCCUGGUAACAAUGCACCCACUGUCAAUGAUCCCCACAGCAGUGUGCCACAGGGAAGCACUGGGAACCCAGGACAGGCAUCAGGGUUGGGGCUGCACCCACCCACCGCGCCGUAUCCUCCAACACUAGGCACUAGCCACAGCGCCCACUCAGUGCAGUCCAGUCUGGUCAGACAGUCGCCGGCGAGAGCCUCCAUGGCCAGCCAGUCCUACUGCUACAGCAGUCGCCACUCAUCCCUCCGGAUGUCCACCACGGGGUUUGUGCCUUGUCGGCGCUCCUCCACCAGCCAAAUAUCACUUCGAAACUUGCCGUCGUCCAUCCAGUCCCGCCUCUCCAUGGUGAACCAGAUGGAAGCCACCAGCCAGGGCGGCAUGGCCUGUGUGCAGCACGGCCUGCCUUCCUCCAGCAGCUCCAGCCAAAGCAUCCCGGCCUGCAAGCACCACACCCUUGUGGGCUUUCUCGGGUCAGAAGGCAGCCAGGCUGGUGUCACCGAGGCCCAGCCAGGCAGCACCAUAAGUCCUGCCAACAGUUCACAUGCCAGAAAAGGGGAGGUGAUUUACAGGGUCCAGAUUGUGGAUCUCAGUCAGAUUCUGGAAGGGAUUAACCUGUCAAAAAGGAAAGAACUGCAGUGGCCUGAUGAAGGAAUUCGGUUAAAAGCUGGGAGAAACAGCUGGAAAGACUGGAGUCCUCAGGAGGGCAUGGAAGGCCAUGUGAUUCACCGAUGGGUGCCUUGCAGCAGAGACCCAGGUACAAGGUCCCACAUCGACAAGACAGUGCUCCUCGUCCAAAUUGAUGAUAAAUAUGUGACUAUAAUUGAAACGGGGGUACUAGAACUGGGGGCAGAAGUGUGAGCCUGCAUUGCACACCUGCAUCCCUUUCUCUGGCUUCUCUCCCAGCCGUUGGAGAGAAGUAAGGUUGCAGAAGAUCCGCCUGUGGGGACCGCCUGCCCUUCCCAGCAAAGACUUGAACAGUGGUUUGGUUAAGCGCCUCCAACCUGACUCCUGUCACUGUCUCCAUCCCCAAAUAAAGCUGAAAUAUUUUUUUAAGUUAGCUGCAUGAAAGGCAAACUUCUGUUGGAGCCUGUCUAUGAAAGGCUCUCUAUGCAUUUAUGCUCCAACCCACAGACUCUUGUCUCUAACUCUGAGCUCAUAUUUUUCUAAUUUCUUUGCCAAAAAACAGUUGCCAUGGUUUUUGUCGUAGAAAAUGAAAUCCAUUGACCAUGGUUUUUACAAACAAACCCAUGUGGAAACAUUCAGUUCGACAUAUAACAGUAUAAAAUUUAAUGUACAGUGAGAAAGAUGAUGAAUAGAUGUAGGUGUAUCUUAUUCCUUUGAAAGCUUAAAAACUUUAAUGAAAAAAAAACUGCACUAAUUUUUUACAGCAAUGCACUAAAUCUGAGAUUUCUCAGAACAUUUAUUUAUAUAUAAAAAGAAAAUACCAUUAUUUAAAUUGCCUUCAGGAUUAGAGCCCCCCUCCCCCAACACACCGCCAGCAGGACCUGCUGCCCCCUUUCUGUUGGUAUGCUGGACUCCAGAGACACGCACAUAGCUUCAUCACUGACAGUCCCCAGAGCUGGUGAGCCACCACCAGCUGCCCUGUCACAUCUCACUGCCAGCUGGUGGCAGGCUCUGUGGAGUUGCUUCUGGAAUAUGCUUUUCUUUUCAAGAAGAAGAAGAAGAAUAUGAAGGCCCAGGAACUUAAAGAAAGGAUCAGUUGCUUUUAUUUGAAGAGUUUCUAGCUCUUGAAGUUAUUCACAUGAAGUUUGGUUUCUCAAGUAAAAUUUUUUCAAACAACAAUGUCUACGUGGCGCAGUCUUGUGUCGUCUUCAGCAGCUCUGCACUUUGCUUCUUCCUUGUUCUUUUUCUACUACUUGAAUUUAUUUCCUGUAAUUUAUGGUGAUUACCUGUCAUUGAACAUAUUUGUAACUGUGAAAUUGACUUAACUCAGAUGUUGUCUCAUAAAUUAUAUUGGUUUUUUAAGGAGCAUGUGUAUUCAGGGAAAUAUGUACCUUGGAUUUACAGUGUGGCUGCAUGCAAACUGCAGUUUAGGUUUCAUUUGCAACUUUAAGCAUUUCUUAAAUGCUUAAAAUUCCCUUUGUUUUAAACUUCAAAGAAAACUGCCCAUCUCCUCUGAGUGCCCGGGAGCAGCCAUCUGUGUCCCCAUGGACAGACUGCAGAAAGAAGCAGGCCAUCUGUCUGAGCCGUGUCCAUUCAGUGGCUUCUGUGUAAGGAGGUGAGAGGACAGAGCUGUCAUUCCCACUGACUAGGACGCAGGUGUCACAUGUGUCCCGGCGGUACAGGAGACAGGAUGAGCGCUAACAGCAGCCCACAGGAAACUUGCCACACCUGUGCUUCAAACCCUCUGUUUUUUCUCUUGUUUUAAAAAUCAGUGGUCAUUCAGAACCCAAUGUGCCUUGUAUUGAUGUUUCCAUAGACUUCAGACUUUGCAGAUAUUUAUUAUUGUUUAAAAAUAUUUGUCAGAUGACUUACAAAAGGAGCCCUUCCUAUUUCUAAAUUGACCACUUUAAGAAGUGUGUUUCCCCACUAUUCUCGCUCCAUUGUGUUGGCUCAUUUGGGCAGACCCAUGCUGUACCGUGUGCUCAGUGGCAGCGUUCCUUCUGUAGCUAAAUUCUAACCUGUCUGUGCUUAACACUUCUCCAGGAAUUGUGCUUCCUGCUGCUUGUUUGUCCCCUGAUCAAAAAUGGGUUUGAUCUUUUCGUGACUGUUCCUAGGUGGAGAAGUAAGCAGAGGGUUUGCCAUCUAAGGUGGGAGAUGACUUGUCUUCCCACAGAGGGUCAGAAGAUGAGGUUCAGAUGAUUUGGUCAUAGAUCAAAGUUCUGUUUAUCCUAGUUCUCGUCAUCUGUGUUAAGUGUUACAUGAACAACUCCAUGUGUAAGACGGGGUUCUGUAUGGGACAUGUAUAGUAAGUCUUAAUUUGGAGAAGUUGACAUUUUUCUAUUACCAUAUAACUUUACUAAAUUUAUAAAUUAGGAACCCUACAAGAAGUCUUGUUUUUAGUUUUUAAAUCUAAAACUGAUAACCUUUUUUUUUUUUUUAAAUGCUUUUCUAAUUACAGCAGGGAGGAUGGUGAUAAUUGAAGAUUUGUGUCUUAAGGUUCAAUUUAUUACAGAUUCUUUUUUUCCUGAUACCCACCUAGAUAGCAAGCCAGUGUAUUAGAUUUUCUGCUUAGCCUUUCUCACUAGAGUACAAAGCUUCAGCAUACUUCAGUGCUCUUAACAUAAUUUUGCAAGUACUUAAAACAGUUUUUUAGAUUUCCCUUACUUACAGCUGCACGGUGAAGUCUUUUUCUUUUUUAUCUUGCCCCACUUUGAGAGGACAAUCCUAGAAUAGCCUUGUUUUCAUCUUACAAAACAAAAACAAAAACUAUUUGUACCCCUAAACUAAGCUUUUGAGGACUCUUUCAGCCCCUAUCGUGGUAGGGACUCUCUUUCUACACCAUUUUUAAGAGCUAAUAGGACUUUUUAGUGGACUUUUUGCUAAUGAGCUUGACUUUGUCCAUGAGUCUAGAUGACCAUGCAGCUGUGCUGCACGUGGCACUUGGGAGGGUAGAGACCAGGCGGUGUGGAAGCUUUACAAGAAGACAAGUGAUUACUUCUGCGGUGAGUGAGCAGCGCUCAGUGUUCUGACUUCUAUUUCUGCUAGCAGGGGAUAAAAGUCCAUUAGAUUGGAAGUGUUUUGGGGAAAAAAAAAUUUUUUUUUCAAGUAUAUUGAUGAUACUUCCAGUCCCUGAACCAGAAGAUAACAGACAAUAUUUCUCUCCUGAAAGACACAAAAAUGACUCUGGUUGCUGAAUGUCAAGCAAUGCAUAAACAACUUCUUCUAUAGAAAACCAUAGCUCAUUAUGGACUCUCUCUGGGUUAGUUUAGUUUUUCUAUCUCCCAUCAAAAUAUAAAAUACAGUCUCACACUUGAGCAGGGGUCACAUUGCCUUUGUGAGUUCUUCAUAAUGUCCUAGUAGCAUCCUUCUGCCUCAGCCUAGAACUUGCCUGAUGGGUCGGUGUCUUGAGUAAUUCAUUAAAAACUGGGUUCUUAAUAUUUGCCCAGUGUCUAAAAUUGUCUCCUUUUAGCUAAAUUUCUAUCAUCCUUUGUUCUAAGUAUGUGACUUGAAAAAAAAAAUAGUUUUAUGUGAGAAUUCUUUGAAUUUCUGUUUACUAGCUACUAAAAUAUAAACUGCUAUCCAGCGUGUUAAUUACUUUUAUAUUUAAAUACUUUCUCAUUAAUAUAAGCAAAUUUAUUUCUGGGUUUUUGUUUUAAGUCAUCAGUAUUCUUUCCCAUCUCUUGUACUAGUCAUGUAAAGUUACUUUGGACACAGACCCACUUAACUUGUUCUUGUGGUACUAUACAUUGUUCAGAUAAGAUCGGUCCCUUCUAAAAGUUAAACGGAGAUUCGGUUAAAGCUUAAAAUGGUGUGUGGAGCCUCUUGAUGACCUUUGAACUUUCUGUUUCAUUCUUAGAUGGAUAUUGAGUUUUACUGAUCAGGAGAAAGGUAAAUUAGAUACUGCUGUGUGUAGGUGGUUAUGAAUUUUAAUAUGUUGGAUACAUAGGCAUUUUUUAAAAUAAGUAUUUAAAUCCAGCUCUUUUCUUCCUUUCUCUUGUAAAAUCAUCUAGUUGAUGAACAUCUAAGCUGUCUCAUUUAAAACUUGUUAGCUAUUCAUAAGCUGUAAUCAGAAAGGAAUUGGUCAAAUAGGUCUGGAAAGAUCUAACUUUGCUUGAAUACAGAGUUAUAUUUUCUGUAAUGAGUCACCUCCCCAGAGGCAGCCAUCAAGAACUGUGUGGUGAGGAUUGCUCUUUCUCUCCUAGAAACAACUGUUCUUUGUGGGUUGGGGCAGAUGCUCAUCUGAAAGCUGAACAUCUUGUCCAGGGAACUCAAGCUGAUGGUCCUGCAGGGUUACACACAGCGCCGACAUCACACUUGUACCUAUUAUAUAGGCUCUCCCUUUUCUUAUCACUCAUUGGAACCAACAGGAGGAACAGAGGUCCUCUGACAGGAAAUGACAGGAAUCCAUGUCACCUGCACACUGCUCCAUGGAGGAUGGCAUGGCUGUUCCAGAUGACUUGUGGGUUCGGUGUGCUUGCUUUUGAACAAAAUUUCUUAUAUUUGAAGCUUGAGUCUGAAACCAAAACAGUAGAAAUGGGGAGGGUUAUAUUGGCUUGUGCUUUUUCAAAGCUGUAGUUUCAGUAAAUUGUUAACAUUGCUUACAUUAACCCUGUGCAAGUCUGGCAGCGAGUUCUGUAUGAGGGAAAGGAAGGAGGGAUGUUAGAAGUGGUUGUGGGUGAGUGGGCCUGUGAAAGGAGAGUGGCAUCCCCUUUCUGAUCAUGGGCUCUGAAAGGUCAUUGCCUUUACCAGCAUUCAGUAUACACCAGAGAUAAGGAUAUGUGUCCUUGCGCGUGUCCACGAGUGUGUGUAUUACUGUAAACAGCUUGUAAAUACUGUAGUUGUUUAAAAUGGAAAAUAAAAGCUGAGAGAUCUUUUGACAUAUAUUGAUCAGAAAAAAAAUACAGUAUUGACCAUGGAUAAAAACACAGGAAAUAAAUUUUUUUCAUUUUGC